GGUGCCGCUUCGUAGUGGCUUCAAACGGUCUUUUGACGUCAUCUAUCCAUUACGGCGGUGUGCCAUUGGAGCACCUUUCUUCGUACACCAUGCGUCGGGUUAGCUAUUCUGCAAAGGACGCAAACAUAACCGGCUAAUGCGUAGUUUGUAAGUAUAUUUGCUUAUUUGUGCAUUUGUACCGUGCUUCGUGUGAAUAGAAUCACCCAGGUCAAGUGUUCUCGCUCACCCCAAAAACAGUACCACCCCCUAGCGGCCGCAGCCACGCAGACGAGACGUCAAACGGCAGCUGGCAAAAGGGCUUUGUCUUUUAGUUUCCGUGCAACAUAAUUAUGUUUUCUCGUAUAUUGGAAUUACAAUCCGAAGCUAUCAUGUCUGCAGCUUUUGUGUAAGCCGUACUUUAGGAAUUCUCUGGCGCAAUUUACUUUGAAAAAUGUCAUUAGUUCAGUAAGGCACUUGCGCUUGGCGGAGGGCCUAGAGGAAUGAACAUGUUUGCUGCACUUUCGCAGAUGUGAGUGCGUGCGUAGCGUACGUCGCUUGCGGUGGUGGUGCUUAUCUAACGCCGACAACAGCUUCGCUGCGCAUGCACUUUCGCAGGGUGGAAUGGAGGCGGAUUUUGUUAUCUGCCCGGUGUUUAUGCACCGUCCUAUCUUGGCAAUCUGUGUUUGCAAGCUUGGUGGUUUGAGCGAUAGUCAUAUCAGGUCGUUCACCGGAGAGCAGUAAACGAACUUCCUUCCCUCAUCCCGCGGUCAUUCUCUUCAAGCAUCUCUCUAGAGACGUCUUGCAGACCAGCACAGUAAGAUUAGUAAUCUCGAGGCAGCAGACCAAAAGCGCUCGUCAGUUCGGGCUUGCUCGUGAAACUUCAACCUGCGGCGUUUAGAGUGGGCUGCCCACUUAAACCGCGGUUAUUCUGAUCUUCGCCUUGCGCUGUUCUAUUCUCUGGUGCACUGCGUUGAAGAAACAAUGAAUCUCGAGUCUUACAUACACGUCGACGGCGUCUCGCUUCACGAAUGGUUCCACGAGGACACAGUACGCUCCGCGCUGUCCUACAAGCCCCGCUCCGACGACGUUUUCAUAGUGUCGUAUCCGAAGUCCGGAACGACGUGGACGCAAUACGUGAUCCUCAGCAUUCUUGGCGGAGGCGAGGCGCCGAGAACCUACGUCGAGUACAUGUUGAACUCCCCGUAUUUGGAGCUCAUGGGUGUCGAGGGCGUCGAGAGAAUGCCCAGACCGGGUCUGGUGAAAACUCACCUGCCUUUUCACAAGGCACCCUACUCACCGGAAGCGAAAUACAUUUGCGUCGCCAGGAACCUCUACGACGUUUGCGUGUCGUACUACUACCACACACGGGCCCUCACACCAAAGAGAGUGAAAGACAUUUCAUUUUCCAGAUUUCACGAAAUGUUCACAGAGGGCAGGCUCUCAUACGGCGACUACUUCGACCAUCUGCUAUCCUGGUACAAACAUCGAGACCACCAUAACGUGUUGUUUUUCACGUACGAAGAAAUGAAAAAGAAUCCCAGGUUGUGGGUCUUGAAGAUAGCCGAAUUUCUCGGAGAAGAACAUGCAGACAUGCUCAAAAAUCACCCUGAAAAGCUUGAAAAAGUUCUGAACGCUACGAGCUUAAGCAGCAUGAAAGCCGUCUUCAAUGAGAAGCCGACCACGUCGGUGCUGGAACUUCUGAACCUGCCAGCAGACAAGGCUCUGAAGUCACUCCAGGUUUACCAAGACAUCUGGCCACAAAUGGGCGAGUUGCAUGUGUGUGAAGGCUUUGUUCGCAAAGGUGUGAUUGGUGACUGGAAGGAACACUUCACACCGGAUCUCAUAGUGAAAACGAAGGCGUGGAUAAAAAGAAAGACUGCAGGGUCCGAUGUUAUGCAACUUUGGAAGGACAUAGAGCUACCCUAGCUUGAUACAUACAGUGAGAAAAUCGUAAGCAAAUCCAAUGUGCGGCUGGCGUAUGCAAAUCAUGCAAUGAGUUGAAAAUUAAGUUUUGAGUGUUUCUGUUUCUGACUGUCCAAUCACAUACUAAACGACAUACGUAACGCUGCUAUGGCUUCAUUCUUGGUUUUUUUCGCCAGUACUUCCUUAUUGGACAUCCUAAAUUGGCAUCUUGUUGUAUUUUCUCAGUCUUAGUAAGUCUUUCUUCAAAAACUUGCUCACAAUCGUGUACAUAAAUUUAGACGUACGUUAAAGAACUCAACGCUGUCAUAGUUAAUCUAGAGUCCCCCAUUACGGCUUUGCCUCGUGCUGUUAUUGUGUUUUCGGCAUGUGAGACCCCAAAAUUCAAGUGAAUUCAACCAAGGAGAAUGCAAGAGACUCCAUAGGUGACUCCGCUUCCAAGUGCAUUAAGAGCAUCGGAAAUGUAAGAGUUCAAGUGAGGUGCAAAGCACGUGCGUGCUUACUUUGUGGGUUGACGCUGGCAUGGCUGGGCGUGGUCGUCCGGGUCCCUAAUUUUUGCGCGUGCUUGGUCACUCAUGUUGUUGACGCCGCCGUGGUUUAUUUAGGCCGGCCAGCCAUGGUGCAACGGGAUAUUGCGAGCGGCCGAAACCGCGCCCACUUAGGUUGAGCGCGUUAGCAUGUUCUAUUCUCGCGUUACCUGCGUGUGAGCCCAUUUCCUUUUUCACCUGCUUUUGGCGAUAGUCGCCCCGCUACAGACCCCCCUCCUAGUGCGCAGGGUGAUUGAAAUAAAAUCCGAUGGCGGAGUCCAAGUAAAGCGUGCAGAUGGUGUCGUGGUUAAUAUCGUCGGGUUCGCGAAAUCCGUGAGAAAUGUACCAGGCAGCACCGUCAGCGUAGGUUGUGAGCAAGGCGCAGCAACAGUGAUACCGUAGUGCGAAAUCGCGACCUCCCGCCGAUUCUUCUACACGCCCAGGCCUCUAGGAGUCGGAACUCCAAAAGCAGAUCGUCUGUCAGUUCAUGACUUGCCUGGCGAUAGCGCAAGUGUUUGCCACUUAUGGUGUCGACGUAGAAGUGAUAUUCGAGCUCAAGAAACCUUAUAGAAGAGCUUCUCCAGCAUGCCAUGCAUCCGCGUAAGGUGUGAGCACAGAACAUCGCAAGGGCUCGCGUGCUGCUGAUUGCGGUAAAAUAUCGUAUGUCGAUAGCAUCAGCGUUGUGGUGGUCGGCGAAGGCAUCCAGAACGUUGUGCUUGUGGCUUCGUCGUGCCUGCGAGAGUGAAAUUUGCGACUAGAGGAGCUGAUGGGAUCCUCUGAAUCGGUGAUGAGUGAGGUGCCUCCGAACGGAAAGGGGGCAGCUUGCGGGAAAGUCGAAGGAAAGAAAGCAGCAACCAGUAGAGUAGAAAGCGAUCGCGUUUGGCCCAGUGAAUUCUUUAGAAAGAGUCGUCGUGCAGCUGCCUUUGAGAUGGGACUCACAGACCCAGUACAGGUUCGAUGUUGGGGCCCGCGUGUGCUGAUGAUCGGCAUGGGUAGACGCAGGCGAUGUGGGACGACAAAACGCUGAAUGACAAGCCGUUCAAAUGGCGAGAGCGGUAGUGACUAAGUGCUUGAGGUGACAUAGUGAGCAACGACGGCUGUUCAGAACUCGGCGCAGAAGUGCGAGCCGAGGGUGACAACCGUACCCAGGAGCGCAGCUAGAGCUUGGAACGUCGUUGAGAAGGAAGUAGCUGUCCAGCUGGAUGAACCAGAGAAUGGGCACCAAGUGGAGAAACUGCCAUAUCCGUAGGCUAUUGUACUACACAAUCCGUGUUUCUGACGCUGAGUCAGUGUACUGGGAAGUCGUCGAGCCGCUGGCCAAGUGACAGGUUGUCUUUGAGCCUCGCUAGCCAUGGGUACACUUUCCAAUAAUUUUGAGAGCUGCGCGAAAAAAGAACAUUGAGAAUGGAAACGCAAUGUUUCCUGCAUGAAUUUGAGGUUGAAUACAAUCCAUUUUUUUACUUGAGUACGUCAUGCUGCUGACGAUCAGCCAUAAAUUAAAUGUUUCAAAUAAUGUUAAAACAAACGAGUGAGAAGUGACAAAUGUAAGAAUCCAGCAUACAGAGGCUCUUCAUUUGUGUUGCCGAAACAAACGGGACAAAUAAUACCACGGUGAACAAUUAUAUUUCUGCCUAAUUAUUAAGUUUCCCUCUUUGUUUCCGAAGUUUUGGUUGUUUCUGAGUCUUUGUUAUCAAUUUAUGCAAUACAAAAAUUAUCAUCCAUCA